AUGUUGUUCCAACAUCCCACUACUGGUAACCAUGAUCCAGUUAAUGCCAGUAUUCCAUGUGUAGAUGGCCCACAAGAGGCCCCAGACGAGGAAGUAGAGGGGCCCACAGGGGAGGCUGAGGGAGAGCCAUGUGAGUCUCAGGCUCCACCUGAGACUAGGUAUCCUAGGAGGACAUACCAAGAAGCUAUGGAAUCUCAAGAAUCGGAGAACUGGAGAGGAGCUAUGAAAGAGGAAAUGGAUUCUCUUCUUAAUGAUACUUUCAGCCUAACUAACCUGCCAGAAGGUAGAACGGCAGUGGGGGGUCGCUGGGUUUACACCAUCAAAGAGGGUGCUGAUGGUGAUACCUUCAAAGCUAGAUAUGUAGCAAAGGGCUACAAUCAGAAAGAGAUUGGUGACAAAGUUGUGUACAUGUUGAUAUGGGUGGAUGACAUUAUUAUUGCUGCAAGCCGAUUUGAUUUCACGGUUCCAGGUCGAUCAGUUUCGAGAAAUAUUUCCCGAAGCGGACACUCAGCCAACCGCGGUACCCCUGAGCCUACGACCGGAGACUUGGUGCGUAUUUUAAACGAGCUGUUAGGUAAUGCCCUCUCUUCCGGGUCGCAACAAGCUUACGCUAGAGCAUGGAACACGUUUCGACAGUUUUAUCAUCAGUUCUAUCGCACAGACCAGCUAAACCUCCCAUUAGGCACCCCUACUUUAGCACUCUUUAUUUCUUACUUGAGAGCUAAGCAAUUAGCCGCCUCGACAAUCCUGUCAUAUAUGUCUUCGAUAGGCUACGUACAUAAGCUAAAAGGCAUGCCGGACCCAACGCAAGCGUUUAUAAUUCACAAACUUUUGACAGCUGUCAAAAAACAAAAAUCACCAGAUGUGCGAUUGCCGAUAACAGAAACAGUGUUACACCAGCUGGUGGAUGCCCUUGUUUCCACAAAUUCUUCGGCCUCGCAACGCACGCUAUUCAAAGCAAUGUUUAUGGCGGCUUUCUACGGGUUUUUCCGCAUAGGUGAAUUAAUCCCAAAAAUAUCUGCCUUAGGCGAUCAAGUCGUUCAAAUCAGAGAUUUAGCGCUCUAUAAAAGCGGCAAAGAGAUAAGUAAACUAGUGAUAACGACUUCGCAUUUCCAGCAUACCACGAGUAAUAGGCCGUUCGAGAUAACAAUUGCGCGUUUGCCGUCGGCCAACUACUGCCCAGUGCGCGCUAUUAUGGAUUACUGCGCUGCGAGGGGAUCCCAACCAGGGCCUCUUUUUCUAUCCCAUGGUAAUCCCGUAUCUAUGUCCCAAUUUUCAUUAGAAUUAAAUCGGUGCCUUAGUUUUUGUGAGUUGGACACUUCUCGCUAUAAGAGCCAUAGCUUUCGGAUCGGAGCGGUUUGUCACACCUACGAAAAGGGCUAUUCGGAUUCCCAAAUAAGGGCUAUGGGUUGAUGGAAAUCCGAUGCGUUUAAAAUAUACAUUAGGCCCGAUACCUUUAAGGCGACCUAGUUUCGUAUAUCGCCACGAUCCUUUAAGUUCAGAUCUGGGGCUGCUUUCAGGGUUGUGGCGGAAUAUUUAUAGUGUAGUCAUAUUUUAGCGAAGGCGAUGAACUACUGGUCCACCUCGGCCCUCUCCAAGUCCUCCUCCACGGCCGCAUUACGCACAAAUGUCUUAUUGCAUCCCUCUUGCGUACAAACGCAUGGUCCUCACACACCUCGGCCCUCUCCAAGCUGAAGAUGAACUACUGGCCCACCUCGGCCCUCCCCAAGUCCUCCUCCUUGUUUGCGAGGUCGACAAAACAGUAUGUACACCAGUUCGCGUCGUUUUGUCUAGAAGUGCUUUGGUAAAUAUACAAAAAAGAAAAGACAGGUCGGACAACUAUUCAAGUACUGUAGUGUUUGCCCAUGAUAGGAGCCAAAAGACCAGCUAAUGCGUUUAAAAACGCUUUUGUCUCCAUCGGAAUGUUUUGUUUUCAACUGUGCGCCAUUUGUUGGCUUUCGUCCCGAAUGAUUUUUGCAAAAAGCUUGUCUUACCUGAAGAUAGCACCUAGACUUGCAUUUGGCUCGAUAUAUUUCAUAUCCGGCACUUUGGAACUUUUGGGAUGCGAAUAAUGGGGAUGCGAUUGUGAAUAAUAACAAUAAAAAAGAAAAAAAAGGUAUAAGGACACUUUUAGUUACAUUUGAUACAUUUGCUACAUUGCUGCUUUGCUACAGUUGAUCAAAAAAAAAAGGUAUAAGGACAUUUUUAGAUACAUUUGAUACUGCGCUUGAAGAUGAACUACUGGUCCACCUCGGCCCUCCCCAAGUCCUCCUCCACGGCCGCAUCACGCACAAAUGUCUUAUUGCAUCCCUCUUGCGUACAAACGCAUGGUCCUCACACACCUCGGCCCUCUCCAAGUUGAAGAUGAACUACUGGCCCACCUCGGCCCUCUGCAAGUCCUCCUCCUUGUUUGCGAGGUCGACAAAACAGUAUGUACACGAGUUCGUGUCGUUUUGUCUGGAAGUGCUUGGAUAAAUAUACAAAAAAGAAAAGAAAGGUCGGACAACUACUCAACUACUGUAGUACACUUUGGAACUUGUGGGAUGCAAAUAAUGGAGAUGCGAUUGUGAAUAAUAACAAUAAAAAAGAAAAAAAAAGGUAUAAGGACAUUUUUAGAUACAUUUGAUACAUUUGCUACAUUGCUACUUUGCUACAUUGCUGCUUUGCUACAGUUGAUCAAAAAGAAAAAAAAGGUAUAACGACAUUUUUAGAUACAUUUGAUACUGCGCUUGAAGAUGAACUACUGGUCCACCUCGGCCCUCUCCAAGUCCUCCUCCACGGCCGCAUCACGCACACAUGUCUUAUUGCAUCCCUCUUGCGUACAAACGCAUGGUCCUCACACACCUCGGCCCUCUCCAAGUUGAAGAUGAACUACUGGUCCAACUCGGCCCUCUCCAAGUCCUCCUCCUUGUUUGCGAGGUCGACAAAACAGUAUGUACACCAGUUCGCGUCGUUUUGUCUGGAAGUGCUUUGAUAAAUAUACAAAAAAGAAAUGACAGGUCGUACAACUACUCAACUACUGUAGUGUUUGCCCAUGAUAGGAGCCAAAAGACCAGCUAAUGCGUUUAAAAACGCUUUUGUCUCCAUCGGAAUGCUUUGUUUUCAACUGUGCGUCAUUUGUUGGCUUUCGUCCCGAAUGAUUUUUGCAAAAAGCUUUUCUUACCUGAAGAUAGCACCUAGACUUGCAUUUGGCUCGAUAUAUUUCAUAUCCGGCACUUUGGAACUUUUGGGAUGCGAAUAAUGGGGAUGCGAUUGUGAAUAAUAACAAUAAAAAAGAAAAGAAAAAGGUAUAAGGACAUUUUUAGAUACAUUUGAUACAUUUGCUACAUUGCUACUUUGCUACAUUGCUGCUUUGCUACCGUUGAUCAAAAAGAAAAAAAAAGGUAUAAGGACAUUUUUAGAUACAUUUGAUACUGCGCUUGAAGAUGAACUACUGGUCCACCUCGGCCCUCUCCAAGUCCUCCCCCACGGCCGCCUCACGUACAAAUGUCUUAUUGCAUCCCUCUUGCGUAGAAACGCUUGGUCCUCACAAACCUCGGCCCUCUCCAAGUUGAAGAUGAACUACUGGUCCACCUCGGUCCUCUCCAAGUCCUCCUCCUUGUUUGCGAGGUCGACAAAACAGCAUGUACACCAGUUCGACUUGUUUUGUCUGGAAGUGCUUUGAUAAAUAUACAAAAAAGAAACGACAGGUCGGACAACUACUCAACUGCUGUAGUUUUUGCCCAUGAUAGGAGCCAAAAGACCAGCUAAUGCGUUGAAAAACGCUUUUGUCUCCAUCGGAAUGUUUUGUUUUCAGCAAUGCUCCAUUUGUUGGCUUUCGUCUUGAAUGAUUUUUGCAAAAAGCUUUUCUUACCUGAAGAUAGCAAUUAGACUUGCAUUUGGCUCGAUACAUUUCAUAUCAGGCAUUUUGAAACUUUUGGGAUGCGAAUAAUGGGGAUGCGAUUGGGAAUAAUAACAAUAAAAAAGAAAAAAAGGUAUAAGGACAUUUUUAGAUACAUUUGAUACAUUUGCUACAUUGCUACUUUGCUACAUUGCUGCUUUGCUAAAGUUGAUAAAAAAGAAAAAAAAAGGUAUAAGGACAUUUUUAGAUACAUUUGAUACUGCGCUUGAAGAUGAACUACUGGUCCACCUCGGCCCUCUCCAAUUCCUCCUCCUUGUUUAAGAGAUCGACAAAACAGUAUGUACACCAGUUCGACUCGUUUUGUCUGGAAGUGCUUUGAUAAAUAUACAAAAAAGAAAAGACAGGUCGGACAACUAAUCAACUACUGUAGUGUUUGCCCAUGAUAGGAGCCAAAAGACCAGCUAAUGCGUUUAAAAACGCUUUUGUCUCCAUCGGAAUGUUUUGUUUUCAACUGUGCGCCAUUUGUUGGCUUUCGUCCCGAAUGAUUUUUGCAAAAAGCUUUUCUUACCUGAAGAUAGCACCUAGACUUGCAUUUGGCUCGAUAUAUUUCAUAUCCGGCACUUUGGAACUUUUGGGAUGCGAAUAAUGGGGGUGCGAUUGUGAAUAAUAACAAUAAAAAAGAAAAAAAGGUAUAAGGACAUUUUUAGAUACAUUUGAUACAUUUGCUACAUUGCUACUUUUUUUUGUUUUUGAUCAACUGUAGCAAAGCAGCAAUGUAGCAAAGGUAUAAGGACAUUUUUAGAUACAUUUGAUACUGCGCUUGAAGAUGAACUACUGGUCCACCUCGGCCCUCUCCAAGUCCUCCUCCACGGCCGCAUCACGCACAAAUGUCUUAUUGCAUCCCUCGUGCGUACAAACGCAUGGUCCUCACACACCUCGGCCCUCUCCAAGUUGAAGAUGAACUACUUGUCCAUCUUGGUCCUCUCCAAGUCCUCCUCCUUGUUUGCGAGGUCGACAAAACAGUAUGUACACCAGUUCGACUCGUUUUGUCUGGAAGUGCUUUGAUAAAUAUACAAAAAAGAAAAGACAGGUCGGACAACUACUCAACUACUGUAGUGUUUGCCCAUGAUAGGAGCCAAAAGACCAGCUAAUGCGUUUAAAAACGCUUUUGUCUCCAUCGGAAUGUUUUGUUUUCAAUUGUGCGCCAUUUGUUGGCUUUCGUCCCGAAUGAUUUUUGCAAAAAGCUUUUCUUACCUGAAGAUAGCACCUAGACUUGCAUUUGGCUCGAUAUAUUUCAUAUCCAGCACUUUGGAACUUUUGGGAUGCGAAUAAUGGGGAUGCGAUUGUGAAUAAUAACAAUAAAAAAGAAAAAAAGGUAUAAGGACAUUUUUAGAUACAUUUGCUACAUUGCUACUUUGCUACAUUGCUGCUUUGCUACAGUUGGUCAAAAAGAAAAAAAAAAGGUAUAAGGACAUUUUUAGAUACAUUUGAUACUGCGCUUGAAGAUGAACUACUGGUCCACCUCGGCCCUCUCCAAGUCCUCCUCCACAGGCCGCAUCACGGACAAAUGUCUUAUUGCAUCCCUCUUGCGUACAAACGCAUGGUCCUCACAAACCUCGGCCCUCUCCAAGUUGAAGAUGGACUACUGGUCCACCUAGGUCCUCUCCAAGUCCUCCUCCUUGUUUGCGAGGUCGACAAAACAGUAUGUACACCAGUUCGACUCGUUUUGUCUGGAAGUGCUUUGAUAAAUAUACAAAAAAGAAAAGACAGGUCGGACAACUACUCAAGUACUGUAGUGUUUGCCCAUGAUAGGAGCCAAAAGACCAGCUAAUGCGUUUAAAAACGCUUUUGUCUCAAUCGGAAUGUUUUGUUUUCAACUGUGCGCCAUUUGUUGGCUUUCAUCCCGAAUGAUUUUUGCAAAAAGCUUUUCUUACCUGAAGAUAGCACCUAGACUUGCAUUUGGCUCGAUAUAUUUCAUAUCCGGCAUUUUGAAACUUUUGGGAUAUAUUUCAUAUCCGGCACUUUGGAACUUUUGGGAUGCGAUUGUGAAUAAUAACAAUAAAAAAGAAAAAAAGGUAUAAGGACAUUUUUAGAUACAUUUGAUACAUUUGCUACAUUGCUACUUUGCUACAUUGCUGCUUUGCUACAGUUGAUCAAAAAGAAAAAAAAAGGUAUAAGGACAUUUUUAGAUACAUUUGAUACUGCGCUUGAAGAUGAACUACUGGUCCACCUCGGCCCUCUCCAAGUCCUCCUCCACGGCCGCAUCACGCACAAAUGUCUUAUUGCAUCCCUAUUGCGUACAAACGCAUGGUCCUCACACACCUCGGCCCUCUCCAAGUUGAAGAUGAACUACUGGUCCAUCUCGGUCCUCUCCAAGUCCUACUCCUUGUUUGCGAGGUCAACAAAACAGUAUGUACACCAGUUCGACUCGUUUUGUCUGGAAGUGCUUUGAUAAAUAUACAAAAAAGAAAAGACAGGUCGGACAACUACUCAAGUACUGUAGUGUUUGCCCAUGAUAGGAGCCAAAAGACCAGCUAAUGCGUUUAAAAACGCUUUUGUCUCCAUCGGAAUGUUUUGUUUUCAACUGUGCGCCAUUUGUUGGCUUUCGUCCCGAAUGAUUUUUGCAAAAAGCUUUUCUUACCUGAAGAUAGCACCUAGACUUGCAUUUGGCUCGAUAUAUUUCAUAUCCGGCACUUUGGAACUUUUGGGAUGCGAAUAAUGGGGAUGCGAUUGUGAAUAAUAACAAUUAAAAAGAAAAAAAGGUAUAAGGACAUUUUUAGAUACAUUUGAUACAUUUGCUACAUUGCUACUUUGCUGCUUUGCUACAGUUGAUCAAAAGGAAAAUAAAGGUAUAAGGACAUUUUUAGAUACAUUUGAUACUGCGCUUGAAGAUGAACUACUGGUCCACCUCGGCCCUCUCCAAGUCCUCCUCCACGGCCGCAUCACGCACAAAUGUCUUAUUGCAUCCCUCUUGCGUACAAACGCAUGGUCCUCACACACCUCGGCCCUCUCCAAGUUGAAGAUGAACUACUGGUCCACCUCGGUCCUCUCCAAGUCCUCCUCCUUGUUUGCGAGAUCGACAAAACAGUAUGUACACCAGUUCGACUCGUUUUGUCUGGAAGUGCUUUGAUAAAUAUACAAAAAAGAAAAGACAGGUCGGACAACUACUCAACUACUGUAGUGUUUGCCCAUGAUAGGAGCCAAAAGACCAGCUAAUGCGUUUAAAAACGAUUUUGUCUCCAUCGGAAUGUUUUGUUUUCAACUGUGCGCCAUUUCUUGGCGUUCGUCCCGAAUGAUUUUUGCAAAAAGAUUUUCUUACCUGAAGAUAGCACCUAGACUUGCAUUUGGCUCGAUAUAUUUCAUAUCCGGCAUUUUGAAACUUUUGGGAUGCGAAUAAUGGGGAUGCGAUUGUGAAUAAUAACAAUAAAAAAGAAAAAAGGGUAUAAGGACAUUUUUAGAUACAUUUGAUACAUUGCUACUUUGCUACAUUGCUACUUUGCUACAGUUGAUCAAAAAGAAAAAAAAGGUAUAAGGACAUUUUUAGAUACAUUUGAUACUGCGCUUGAAGAUGAACUACUGGUCCACCUCGGCCCUCUCCAAGUCCUCCUCCACGGCCCCAUCACGCAGAAAUGUCUUAUUGCAUCCCUCUUGCGUACAAACGCAUGGUCCUCACACAGCUCGGCCCUCUCCAAGUUGAAGAUGAACUACUUGUCCAUCUUGGUCCUCUCCAAGUCCUCCUCCUUGUUUGCGAGAUCGACAAAACAGUAUGUACACCAGUUCGACUCGUUUUGUCUGGAAGUGCUUUGAUAAAUAUACAAAAAAGAAAAGACAGGUCGGACAACUACUCAACUACUGUAGUGUUUGCCCAUGAUAGGAGCCAAAAGACCAGCUAAUGCGUUUAAAAACGCUUUUGUCUCCAUCGGAAUGUUUUGUUUUCAACUCUGCGCCAUUUGUUGGCUUUCGUCCCGAAUGAUUUUUGCACAAAGCUUUUCUUACCUGAAGAUAGCACCUAGACUUGCAUUUGGCUCGAUAUAUUUCAUAUCCGGCAUUUUGAAACUUUUGGGAUGCGAUUGUGAAUAAUAACAAUAAAAAAGAAAAAAAAGGUAUAAGGACAUUUUUAGAUACAUUUGAUACUGCGCUUGAAGAUGAACUACUGGUCCACCUCGGCCCUCUCCAAGUCCUCCUCCACGGCCGCAUCACGCACAAAUGUCUUAUUGCAUCCCUCUUGCGUACAAACGCAUGGUCCUCACACACCUCGGCCCUCUCCAAGUUGAAGAUGAACUACUGGUCCAUCUCGGUCCUCUCCAAGUCCUACUCCUGGUUGCGAGGUCAACAAAACAGUAUGUACACCAGUUCGACUCGUUUUGUCUGGAAGUGCUUUGAUAAAUAUACAAAAAAGAAAAGACAGGUCGGACAACUACUCAACUACUCAACUACUGUAGUGUUUGCCCAUGAUAGGAGCCAAAAGACCAGCUAAUGCGUUUAAAAACGCUUUUGUCUCCAUCGGAAUGUUUUGUUUUCAACUGUGCGCCAUUUGUUGGCUUUCGUCCCGAAUGAUUUUUGCAAAAAGAUUUUCUUACCUGAAGAUAGCACCUAGACUUGCAUUUGGCUCGAUAUAUUUCAUAUCCGGCAUUUUGAAACUUUUGCGAUGUGAUUGUGAAUAAUAACAAUAAAAAAGAAAAAAAAGGUAUAAGGACAUUUUUAGAUACAUUUGAUACAUUUGCUAUAUUGCUACUUUGCUACAGUUGAUCAAAAAGAAAAAAAAAAGGUAUAAGGACAUUUUUAGAUACAUUUGAUACUGCGCUUGAAGAUGAACUACUGGUCCACCUCGGCCCUCUCCAAGUCCUCCUCCACGGCCGCAUCACGCACAAAUGUCUUAUUGCAUCCCUCUUGCGUACAAACGCAUGGUCCUCACACACCUCGGCCCUCUCCAAGUUGAAGAUGGACUACUGGUCCACCUCGGUCCUCUCCAAGUCCUCCUCCUUGUUUGUGAGAUCGACAAAACAGUAUGUACACCAGUUCGACUCGUUUUGUCUGGAAGUGCUUUGAUAAAUAUACAAAAAAGAAAAGACAGGUCGGACAACUACUCAAGUACUGUAGUGUUUGCCCAUGAUAGGAGCCAAAAGACCAGCUAAUGCGUUUAAAAACGCUUUUGUCUCCAUCGGAAUGUUUUGUUUUCAACUGUGCGCCAUUUCUUGGCUUUCGUCCCGAAUGAUUUUUGCAAAAAGAUUUUCUUACCUGAAGAUAGCACCUAGACUUGCAUUUGGCUCGAUAUAUUUCAUAUCCGGCAUUUUGAAACUUUUGGGAUGCGAAUAAUGGGGAUGCGAUUGUGAAUAAUAACAAUAAAAAAGAAAAAAGGUAUAAGGACAUUUUUAGAUACAUUUGCUACAUUGCUACAUUGCUGCUUUGCUACAGUUGAUCAAAAAGAAAAAUAAGGUAUAAGGACAUUUUUAGAUACAUUUGAUACUGCGCUUGAAGAUGAAGUACUGGUCCACCUCGGCCCUCUCCAAGUCCUCCUCCACGGCCGCAUCACGCACAAAUGUCUUAUUGCAUCCCUCUUGCGUACACACGCAUGGUCCUAACACACCUCGGCCCUCUCCAAGUUGAAGAUGAACUACUUGUCCAUCUUGGUCCUCUCCAAGUCCUCCUCCUUGUUUGCGAGAUCGACAAAACAGUAUGUACACCAGUUCGACUCGUUUUGUCUGGAAAUGCUUUGAUAAAUAUACAAAAAAGAAAAGACAGGUCGGACAACUACUCAACUACUGUAGUGUUUGCCCAUGAUAGGAGCCAAAAGACCAGCUAAUGCGUUUAAAAACGCUUUUGUCUCCAUCGGAAUGUUUUGUUUUCAACUGUGCGCCAUUUGUUGGCUUUCGUCCCGAAUGAUUUUUGCAAAAAGCUUUUCUUACCUGAAGAUAGCACCUAGACUUGCAUUUGGCUCGAUAUAUUUCAUAUCCGGCAUUUUGAAACUUUUGGGAUAUAUUUCAUAUCCGGCACUUUGGAACUUUUGGGAUGCGAUUGUGAAUAAUAACAAUAAAAAAGAAAAAAAGGUAUAAGGACAUUUUUAGAUACAUUUGAUACAUUUGCUACAUUGCUACUUUGCUACAUUGCUGCUUUGCUACAGUUGAUCAAAAAGAAAAAAAAAGGUAUAAGGACAUUUUUAGAUACAUUUGAUACUGCGCUUGAAGAUGAACUACUGGUCCACCUCGGCCCUCUCCAAGUCCUCCUCCACGGCCGCAUCACGCACAAAUGUCUUAUUGCAUCCCUCUUGCGUACAAACGCAUGGUCCUCACACACCUCGGCCCUCUCCAAGUUGAAGAUGAACUACUUGUCCAUCUUGGUCCUCCCCAAGUCCUCCUCCUUGUUUGCGAGGUCGACAAAACAGUAUGUACACCAGUUCGCGUCGUUUUGUCUAGAAGUGCUUUGGUAAAUAUACAAAAAAGAUAAGACAGGUCGGACAACUACUCAAGUACUGUAGUGUUUGCCCAUGAUAGGAGCCAAAAGACCAGCUAAUGCGUUUAAAAACGCUUUUGUCUCCAUCGGAAUGUUUUGUUUUCAACUGUGCGCCAUUUGUUGGCUUUCGUCCCGAAUGAUUUUUGCAAAAAGCUUGUCUUACCUGAAGAUAGCACCUAGACUUGCAUUUGGCUCGAUAUAUUUCAUAUCCGCCACUUUGGAACUUUUGGGAUGCGAAUAAUGGGGAUGCGAUUGUGAAUAAUAACAAUAAAAAAGAAAAAAAAGGUAUAAGGACAUUUUUAGAUACAUUUGAUACUGCGCUUGAAGAUGAACUACUGGUCCACCUCGGUCCUCUCCAAGUCCUACUCCUUGUUUGCGAGAUCGACAAAACAGUAUGUACACCAGUUCGACUCGUUUUGUCUGGAAGUGCUUUGAUAAAUAUACAAAAAAGAAAAGACAGGUCGUACAACUACUCAACUAGUGUAGUGUUUGCCCAUGAUAGGAGCCAAAAGACCAGCUAAUGCGUUUAAAAACGCUUUUGUCUCCAUCGGAAUGUUUUGUUUUCAACUGUGCGCCAUUUGUUGGCUUUCGUCCCGAAUGAUUUUUGCAAAAAGAUUUUCUUACCUGAAGAUAGCACCUAGACUUGCAUUUGGCUCGAUAUAUUUCAUAUCCGGGAUUUUGAAACUUUUGGGAUGCGAUUGUGAAUAAUAACAAUAAAAAAGAAAAAAAGGUAUAAGGACAUUUUUAGAUACAUUUGAUACUGCGCUUGAAGAUGAACUACUGGUCCACCUCGGCCCUCUCCAAGUCCUCCUCCACGGCCGCAUCACGCACAAAUGUCUUAUUGCAUCCCUCUUGCGUACAAACGCAUGGUCCUCACACACCUCGGCCCUCUCCAAGUUGAAGUUGAACUACUGGUCCACCUCGGUCCUCUCCAAGUCCUCCUCCUUGUUUGCGAGCUCGACAAAACAGUAUGUACACCAGUUCGACUCGUUUUGUCUGGAAGUGCUUUGAUAAAUAUACAAAAAAGAAAAGACCGGUCGGACAACUACUCAACUACUGUAGUGUUUGCCCAUGAUAGGAGCCAAAAGAUCAGCUAAUGCGUUUAAAAACGCUUUUGUCUCCAUCGGAAUGUUUUGUUUUCAACUGUGCGCCAUUUGUUGGCUUUCGUCCCGAAUGAUUUUUGCAAAAAGCUUGUCUUACCUGAAGAUAGCACCUAGACUUGCAUUUGGCUCGAUAUAUUUCAUAUCCGGCACUUUGGAACUUUUGGGAUGUGGAUAAUGGGGAUGCGAUUGUGAAUAAUAACAAUAAAAAAGAAAAAAAAGGUAUAAGGACACUUUUAGAUACAUUUGAUACAUUUGAUACAUUGCUGCUUUGCUACAGUUGAUAAAAAAAAAAAGGUAUAAGGACAUUUUUAGAUACAUUUGAUACUGCGCUUGAAGAUGAACUACUGGUCCACCUCGGCCCUCUCCAAGUCCUCCUCCACGGCCGCAUCACGCACAAAUGUCUUAUUGCAUCCCUCUUGCGUACAAACGCAUGGUCCUCACACACCUCGGCCCUCUCCAAGUUGAAGAUGAACUACUGGCCCACCUCGGCCCUCUGCAAGUCCUCCUCCUUGUUUGCGAGGUCGACAAAACAGUAUGUACACGAGUUCGUGUCGUUUUGUCUGGAAGUGCUUGGAUAAAUAUACAAAAAAGAAAAGACAGGUCGGACAACUACUCAACUACUGUAGUACACUUUGGAACUUUUGGGAUGCGAAUAAUGGAGAUGCGAUUGUGAAUAAUAACAAUAAAAAAGAAAAAAAAGGUAUAAGGACAUUUUUAGAUACAUUUGAUACAUUUGCUACAUUGCUACUUUGCUACAUUGCUGCUUUGCUACAGUUGAUCAAAAAGAAAAAAGGUAUAAGGACAUUUUUAGAUACAUUUGAUACUGCGCUUGAAGAUGAACUACUGGUCCACCUCGGCCCUCUCCAAGUCCUCCUCCACGGCCGCAUCACGCACACAUGUCUUAUUGCAUCCCUCUUGCGUACAAACGCAUGGUCCUCACACACCUCGGCCCUCUCCAAGUUGAAGAUGAACUACUGGUCCAACUCGGCCCUCUGCAAGUCCUCCUCCUUGUUUGCGAGGUCGACAAAACAGUAUGUACACGAGUUCGUGUCGUUUUGUCUGGAAGUGCUUGGAUAAAUAUACAAAAAAGAAAAGACAGGUCGGACAACUACUCAACUACUGUAGUACACUUUGGAACUUUUGGGAUGCGAAUAAUGGAGAUGCGAUUGUGAAUAAUAACAAUAAAAAAGAAAAAAAAGGUAUAAGGACAUUUUUAGAUACAUUUGAUACAUUUGCUACAUUGCUACUUUGCUACAUUGCUGCUUUGCUACAGUUGAUCAAAAAGAAAAAAGGUAUAAGGACAUUUUUAGAUACAUUUGAUACUGCGCUUGAAGAUGAACUACUGGUCCACCUCGGCCCUCUCCAAGUCCUCCUCCACGGCCGCAUCACGCACACAUGUCUUAUUGCAUCCCUCUUGCGUACAAACGCAUGGUCCUCACACACCUCGGCCCUCUCCAAGUUGAAGAUGAACUACUGGUCCAACUCGGCCCUCUCCAAGUCCUCCUCCUUGUUUGCGAGGUCGACAAAACAGUAUGUACACCAGUUCGCGUCGUUUUGUCUGGAAGUGCUUUGAUAAAUAUACAAAAAAGAAAUGACAGGUCGUACAACUACUCAACUACUGUAGUGUUUGCCCAUGAUAGGAGCCAAAAGACCAGCUAAUGCGUUUAAAAACGCUUUUGUCUCCAUCGGAAUGCUUUGUUUUCAACUGUGCGUCAUUUGUUGGCUUUCGUCCCGAAUGAUUUUUGCAAAAAGCUUUUCUUACCUGAAGAUAGCACCUAGACUUGCAUUUGGCUCGAUAUAUUUCAUAUCCGGCACUUUGGAACUUUUGGGAUGCGAAUAAUGGGGAUGCGAUUGUGAAUAAUAACAAUAAAAAAGAAAAGAAAAAGGUAUAAGGACAUUUUUAGAUACAUUUGAUACAUUUGCUACAUUGCUACUUUGCUACAUUGCUGCUUUGCUACCGUUGAUCAAAAAGAAAAAAAAGGUAUAAGGACAUUUUUAGAUACAUUUGAUACUGCGCUUGAAGAUGAACUACUGGUCCACCUCGGCCCUCUCCAAGUCCUCCCCCACGGCCGCCUCACGCACAAAUGUCUUAUUGCAUCCCUCUUGCGUAGAAACGCAUGGUCCUCACAAACCUCGGCCCUCUCCAAGUUGAAGAUGAACUACUGGUCCACCUCGGUCCUCUCCAAGUCCUCCUCCUUGUUUGCGAGGUCGACAAAACAGCAUGUACACCAGUUCGACUCGUUUUGUCUGGAAGUGCUUUGAUAAAUAUACAAAAAAGAAACGACAGGUCGGACAACUACUCAACUACUGUAGUGUUUGCCCAUGAUAGGAGCCAAAAGACCAGCUAAUGCGUUGAAAAACGCUUUUGUCUCCAUCGGAAUGUUUUGUUUUCAACUGUGCGCCAUUUGUUGGCUUUCGUCCCGAAUGAUUUUUGCAAAAAGCUUUUCUUACCUGAAGAUAGCAAUUAGACUUGCAUUUGGCUCGAUACAUUUCAUAUCCGUCAUUUUGAAACUUUUGGGAUGCGAAUAAUGGGGAUGCGAUUGGGAAUAAUAACAAUAAAAAAGAAAAAAAGGUAUAAGGACAUUUUUAGAUACAUUUGAUACAUUUGCUACAUUGCUACUUUGCUACACUGCUGCUUUGCUACAGUUGAUCAAAAAGAAAAAAAAGGUAUAAGGACAUUUUUAGAUACAUUUGAUACUGCGCUUGAAGAUGAACUACUGGUCCACCUCGGCCCUCUCCAAGUCCUCCUCCACGGCCGCAUCACGCACAAAUGUCUUAUUGCAUCCCUCUUGCGUACAAACGCAUGGUCCUCACACACCUCGGCCCUCUCCAAGUUGAAGAUGAACUACUGGUCCAACUCGGCCCUCUCCAAGUCCUCCUCCUUGUUUGCGAGGUCGACAAAACAGUAUGUACACGAGUUCGUGUCGUUUUGUCUGGAAGUGCUUGGAUAAAUAUACAAAAAAGAAAAGACAGGUCGGACAACUACUCAACUACUGUAGUACACUUUGGAACUUUUGGGAUGCGAAUAAUGGAGAUGCGAUUGUGAAUAAUAACAAUAAAAAAGAAAAAAAAGGUAUAAGGACAUUUUUAGAUACAUUUGAUACAUUUGCUACAUUGCUACUUUGCUACAUUGCUGCUUUGCUACAGUUGAUCAAAAAGAAAAAAGGUAUAAGGACAUUUUUAGAUACAUUUGAUACUGCGCUUGAAGAUGAACUACUGGUCCACCUCGGCCCUCUCCAAGUCCUCCUCCACGGCCGCAUCACGCACACAUGUCUUAUUGCAUCCCUCUUGCGUACAAACGCAUGGUCCUCGCACACCUCGGCCCUCUCCAAGUUGAAGAUGAACUACUGGUCCAACUCGGCCCUCUCCAAGUCCUCCUCCUUGUUUGCGAGGUCGACAAAACAGUAUGUACACCAGUUCGCGUCGUUUUGUCUGGAAGUGCUUUGAUAAAUAUACAAAAAAGAAAUGACAGGUCGUACAACUACUCAACUACUGUAGUGUUUGCCCAUGAUAGGAGCCAAAAGACCAGCUAAUGCGUUUAAAAACGCUUUUGUCUCCAUCGGAAUGCUUUGUUUUCAACUGUGCGUCAUUUGUUGGCUUUCGUCCCGAAUGAUUUUUGCAAAAAGCUUUUCUUACCUGAAGAUAGCACCUAGACUUGCAUUUGGCUCGAUAUAUUUCAUAUCCGGCACUUUGGAACUUUUGGGAUGCGAAUAAUGGGGAUGCGAUUGUGAAUAAUAACAAUAAAAAAGAAAAGAAAAAGGUAUAAGGACAUUUUUAGAUACAUUUGAUACAUUUGCUACAUUGCUACUUUGCUACAUUGCUGCUUUGCUACCGUUGAUCAAAAAGAAAAAAAAGGUAUAAGGACAUUUUUAGAUACAUUUGAUACUGCGCUUGAAGAUGAACUACUGGUCCACCUCGGCCCUCUCCAAGUCCUCCCCCACGGCCGCCUCACGCACAAAUGUCUUAUUGCAUCCCUCUUGCGUAGAAACGCAUGGUCCUCACAAACCUCGGCCCUCUCCAAGUUGAAGAUGAACUACUGGUCCACCUCGGUCCUCUCCAAGUCCUCCUCCUUGUUUGCGAGGUCGACAAAACAGCAUGUACACCAGUUCGACUCGUUUUGUCUGGAAGUGCUUUGAUAAAUAUACAAAAAAGAAAAGACCGGUCGGACAACUACUCAACUACUGUAGUGUUUGCCCAUGAUAGGAGCCAAAAGACCAGCUAAUGCGUUGAAAAACGCUUUUGUCUCCAUCGGAAUGUUUUGUUUUCAACUGUGCGCCAUUUGUUGGCUUUCGUCCCGAAUGAUUUUUGCAAAAAGCUUUUCUUACCUGAAGAUAGCACCUAGACUUGCAUUUGGCUCGAUAUAUUUCAUAUCCGGCACUUUGGAACUUUUGGGAUGCGAAUAAUGGGGAUGCGGUUGUGAAUAAUAACAAUAAAAAAGAAAAAAAGGGUAUAAGGACAUUUUUAGAUACAUUUGAUACAUUGCUACUUUGCUACAUUGCUGCUUUGCUACAGUUGAUCAAAAAGAAAACAAAAGGUUUAAGGACAUUUUUAGAUACAUUUGAUACUGCGCUUUAAGAUGAACUACUGGUCCACCUCGGCCCUCUCCAAGUCCUCCUCCACGGCCGCAUCACGCACAAAUGUCUUAUUGCAUCCCUCUUGCGUACAAACGCAUGGUCCUCACACACCUCGGCCCUCUCCAAGUUGAAGAUGAACUACUUGUCCAUCUUGGUCCUCCCCAAGUCCUCCUCCUUGUUUGCGAGGUCGACAAAACAGUAUGUACACCAGUUCGCGUCGUUUUGUCUAGAAGUGCUUUGGUAAAUAUACAAAAAAGAUAAGACAGGUCGGACAACUACUCAAGUACUGUAGUGUUUGCCCAUGAUAGGAGCCAAAAGACCAGCUAAUGCGUUUAAAAACGCUUUUGUCUCCAUCGGAAUGUUUUGUUUUCAACUGUGCGCCAUUUGUUGGCUUUCGUCCCGAAUGAUUUUUGCAAAAAGCUUGUCUUACCUGAAGAUAGCACCUAGACUUGCAUUUGGCUCGAUAUAUUUCAUAUCCGCCACUUUGGAACUUUUGGGAUGCGAAUAAUGGGGAUGCGAUUGUGAAUAAUAACAAUAAAAAAGAAAAAAAAGGUAUAAGGACAUUUUUAGAUACAUUUGAUACUGCGCUUGAAGAUGAACUACUGGUCCACCUCGGCCCUCUCCAAGUCCUCCUCCACGGCCGCAUCACGCACAAAUGUCUUAUUGCAUCCCUCUUGCGUACAAACGCAUGGUCCUCACACACCUCGGCCCUCUCCAAGUUGAAGAUGAACUACUGGCCCACCUCGGCCCUCUGCAAGUCCUCCUCCUUGUUUGCGAGGUCGACAAAACAGUAUGUACACGAGUUCGUGUCGUUUUGUCUGGAAGUGCUUGGAUAAAUAUACAAAAAAGAAAAGACAGGUCGGACAACUACUCAACUACUGUAGUACACUUUGGAACUUUUGGGAUGCGAAUAAUGGAGAUGCGAUUGUGAAUAAUAACAAUAAAAAAGAAAAAAAAGGUAUAAGGACAUUUUUAGAUACAUUUGAUACAUUUGCUACAUUGCUACUUUGCUACAUUGCUGCUUUGCUACAGUUGAUCAAAAAGAAAAAAGGUAUAAGGACAUUUUUAGAUACAUUUGAUACUGCGCUUGAAGAUGAACUACUGGUCCACCUCGGCCCUCUCCAAGUCCUCCUCCACGGCCGCAUCACGCACACAUGUCUUAUUGCAUCCCUCUUGCGUACAAACGCAUGGUCCUCACACACCUCGGCCCUCUCCAAGUUGAAGAUGAACUACUGGUCCAACUCGGCCCUCUCCAAGUCCUCCUCCUUGUUUGCGAGGUCGACAAAACAGUAUGUACACGAGUUCGUGUCGUUUUGUCUGGAAGUGCUUGGAUAAAUAUACAAAAAAGAAAAGACAGGUCGGACAACUACUCAACUACUGUAGUACACUUUGGAACUUUUGGGAUGCGAAUAAUGGAGAUGCGAUUGUGAAUAAUAACAAUAAAAAAGAAAAAAAAGGUAUAAGGACAUUUUUAGAUACAUUUGAUACAUUUGCUACAUUGCUACUUUGCUACAUUGCUGCUUUGCUACAGUUGAUCAAAAAGAAAAAAGGUAUAAGGACAUUUUUAGAUACAUUUGAUACUGCGCUUGAAGAUGAACUACUGGUCCACCUCGGCCCUCUCCAAGUCCUCCUCCACGGCCGCAUCACGCACACAUGUCUUAUUGCAUCCCUCUUGCGUACAAACGCAUGGUCCUCACACACCUCGGCCCUCUCCAAGUUGAAGAUGAACUACUGGUCCAACUCGGCCCUCUCCAAGUCCUCCUCCUUGUUUGCGAGGUCGACAAAACAGUAUGUACACCAGUUCGCGUCGUUUUGUCUGGAAGUGCUUUGAUAAAUAUACAAAAAAGAAAUGACAGGUCGUACAACUACUCAACUACUGUAGUGUUUGCCCAUGAUAGGAGCCAAAAGACCAGCUAAUGCGUUUAAAAACGCUUUUGUCUCCAUCGGAAUGCUUUGUUUUCAACUGUGCGUCAUUUGUUGGCUUUCGUCCCGAAUGAUUUUUGCAAAAAGCUUUUCUUACCUGAAGAUAGCACCUAGACUUGCAUUUGGCUCGAUAUAUUUCAUAUCCGGCACUUUGGAACUUUUGGGAUGCGAAUAAUGGGGAUGCGAUUGUGAAUAAUAACAAUAAAAAAGAAAAGAAAAAGGUAUAAGGACAUUUUUAGAUACAUUUGAUACAUUUGCUACAUUGCUACUUUGCUACAUUGCUGCUUUGCUACCGUUGAUCAAAAAGAAAAAAAAGGUAUAAGGACAUUUUUAGAUACAUUUGAUACUGCGCUUGAAGAUGAACUACUGGUCCACCUCGGCCCUCUCCAAGUCCUCCCCCACGGCCGCCUCACGCACAAAUGUCUUAUUGCAUCCCUCUUGCGUAGAAACGCAUGGUCCUCACAAACCUCGGCCCUCUCCAAGUUGAAGAUGAACUACUGGUCCACCUCGGUCCUCUCCAAGUCCUCCUCCUUGUUUGCGAGGUCGACAAAACAGCAUGUACACCAGUUCGACUCGUUUUGUCUGGAAGUGCUUUGAUAAAUAUACAAAAAAGAAACGACAGGUCGGACAACUACUCAACUACUGUAGUGUUUGCCCAUGAUAGGAGCCAAAAGACCAGCUAAUGCGUUGAAAAACGCUUUUGUCUCCAUCGGAAUGUUUUGUUUUCAACUGUGCGCCAUUUGUUGGCUUUCGUCCCGAAUGAUUUUUGCAAAAAGCUUUUCUUACCUGAAGAUAGCAAUUAGACUUGCAUUUGGCUCGAUACAUUUCAUAUCCGUCAUUUUGAAACUUUUGGGAUGCGAAUAAUGGGGAUGCGAUUGGGAAUAAUAACAAUAAAAAAGAAAAAAAGGUAUAAGGACAUUUUUAGAUACAUUUGAUACAUUUGCUACAUUGCUACUUUGCUACACUGCUGCUUUGCUACAGUUGAUCAAAAAGAAAAAAAAGGUAUAAGGACAUUUUUAGAUACAUUUGAUACUGCGCUUGAAGAUGAACUACUGGUCCACCUCGGCCCUCUCCAAGUCCUCCUCCACGGCCGCAUCACGCACAAAUGUCUUAUUGCAUCCCUCUUGCGUACAAACGCAUGGUCCUCACACACCUCGGCCCUCUCCAAGUUGAAGAUGAACUACUGGUCCAACUCGGCCCUCUCCAAGUCCUCCUCCUUGUUUGCGAGGUCGACAAAACAGUAUGUACACGAGUUCGUGUCGUUUUGUCUGGAAGUGCUUGGAUAAAUAUACAAAAAAGAAAAGACAGGUCGGACAACUACUCAACUACUGUAGUACACUUUGGAACUUUUGGGAUGCGAAUAAUGGAGAUGCGAUUGUGAAUAAUAACAAUAAAAAAGAAAAAAAAGGUAUAAGGACAUUUUUAGAUACAUUUGAUACAUUUGCUACAUUGCUACUUUGCUACAUUGCUGCUUUGCUACAGUUGAUCAAAAAGAAAAAAGGUAUAAGGACAUUUUUAGAUACAUUUGAUACUGCGCUUGAAGAUGAACUACUGGUCCACCUCGGCCCUCUCCAAGUCCUCCUCCACGGCCGCAUCACGCACACAUGUCUUAUUGCAUCCCUCUUGCGUACAAACGCAUGGUCCUCGCACACCUCGGCCCUCUCCAAGUUGAAGAUGAACUACUGGUCCAACUCGGCCCUCUCCAAGUCCUCCUCCUUGUUUGCGAGGUCGACAAAACAGUAUGUACACCAGUUCGCGUCGUUUUGUCUGGAAGUGCUUUGAUAAAUAUACAAAAAAGAAAUGACAGGUCGUACAACUACUCAACUACUGUAGUGUUUGCCCAUGAUAGGAGCCAAAAGACCAGCUAAUGCGUUUAAAAACGCUUUUGUCUCCAUCGGAAUGUUUUGUUUUCAACUGUGCGCCAUUUGUUGGCUUUCGUCCCGAAUGAUUUUUGCAAAAAGCUUUUCUUACCUGAAGAUAGCACCUAGACUUGCAUUUGGCUCGAUAUAUUUCAUAUCCGGCAUUUUGAAACUUUUGGGAUAUAUUUCAUAUCCGGCACUUUGGAACUUUUGGGAUGCGAUUGUGAAUAAUAACAAUAAAAAAGAAAAAAAGGUAUAAGGACAUUUUUAGAUACAUUUGAUACAUUUGCUACAUUGCUACUUUGCUACAUUGCUGCUUUGCUACAGUUGAUCAAAAA